UUUACCCCGCCCCUCCCGCGCGGGACUGGCUUUGUGCGCCUGCGCAGACCUCCCAGUUGGCACCCGGCGGCCUGCUCCGAAAUGGACUAAACAAGAAAAGCAGUCCCCCAGAAACAAGUGCUCAAGAAGUCAGUGGUCCUGCAGGCUGGGUUGUGAACCCUUUGGGAAAGUGGAAGGCUUAGAGUCCUCAUGGAGGCAGCUGUGUCCAGACAUACGUUAUUGUGAGGUGCAUUUGGACAAAACUGGAAAGUACAGAUGGAGUCUGAGUACCUCAAGAGAUCAGUAGGAACAUGUUUGGCAAAGGGACUAGCAGAGGUAGUAGAGCUUCGACCAGCAGACCCAAUAGAGUACCUGGCACACUGGAUUUACAAAUACAGGAAGAACUUAGAUGAAGAGAAAAAGAGAGACUUGGAAAGAGCCAAGCUGGAACAAGAACGGGAGGAGGCCCAGGUGGAACUGGAUAUGCUAGAAAAAAUAAAGGAAGAACAACUGAUGAUUGAGCAGAAACUGGCAGAGGAGCAGCAAGCUCAGCUGAAACGAGAACUUGAGGAGUUGGAACUCAAAAAGCUAGUGGAAGAAAAAGCAGAAGAGCUGUUGUUGCAGCAGAAAGCUCAAGAGGAAGCAUCAAAGACAAUAGCUGAGGUAACAGAUAGAUAUGGAGCUCCUCAUUUGGCCCGAGUUGAGGAGGUAGAUGAGAGUGGACAGGAUGAGAAUACAGUGAAUGUCAUGGGGGAAUCAGAAGAAGAAAGUCCCAGCUGACACAUGAUACUUAUACCUGUACAUGUAUACAUAAACCACUCUACCUGUUAAUGCCUGAAGUUCAAUGAUUUACUGUAAAAGUGUGUUUUAUUAACAGAAUUGAUUUCUGAGAUAUGUCUAGAUUGUAUAGUAUGUUAAUGCAGUUAAUUUAAGGUAAUGUUAAAUAAAAGCAAUAACUCAAAUCAUAUUUUCCAUAAAUUUGAACACAGUUGAUUAUCAGAGAUUGAAAAUAUUCAACCUAGAUUCAAAGGAACUAUAAGAUUGUUUCCAAGGGGGACAAUUACAACCUUCCAAAGUUGAUAAAUUGAGUUCUGUGCAGUUCACUGGAGGGACUUUCAGUAUCACAAAGCCUCAGUUCUGUCUGAUCUACAAACUUAUGAAAGAUCCAGAGGUAAUCGUUUUCUCUUAAAACAAGUUUGAUCGUGUAAUGUGUUCUGGUCUCUCUAAAAGAAAUGAGAUUAUUCAUGUAUUGAAGAUUUUGAAAAUGCUUCAUUGCUUUGUAUGUGCCUGAGCAUUUGUUUUAUUUUUUUCUUGGAUCAGUAGCUUAUAGCACUGAACCCAAAUGCUAGUAAAUGAAAGAUGCUGUAUAGUUGUACAACAUUAGAAAACAGCUCUGCUAUAUGAUGGAUUUUUUGUAGUAAUGGGCACAACUUCAAAGGCUUCAAAGUUCACUUUAGGUAACCAGCAGAUGAUCAUAGCCCAUUUUACCCUGAUUUUUCAGACUGGAGAUUUUCCUUUUUCUUUUGAGAUUUCCAUUAUCUUGUAGUUUUGUCUAGGUUGGAAAUUCCACAGUAGUAAUCUUCCUUUUUGUAUUACAAAACAUAUUCCCAGCCAAAUACAGAAGACAAAA